CCACGUCAUUUCCACCUCCAAGCUCAAAGCUGAAGAUGCAAAUGCGCCCCGUCACCACCUUCACUCGCUCCAUCGGUUGCAAAGCCAUCCACCAGCUCUCUCGUCGUCCCGAGAAUCAACUCCGAGCAUCUCUCUCGCUCGCGCGCUCACAAUCCAACCUCCACACCUCUCCCCCCCUGUCCCCCGCUACUCGUAUCUCGAGACCUACAAUCAGACUCAACCCCACUACUCAGCUACAUCUACAAGCCAAACCUCGAGCCAUGUCAUCGGAAACCAUCCCCGACCGCUACAAGCUGGUGUUCUUCGUGCCGCACUCGCAUCUCGAGACCGUCAAGGACGCCGUGUUCGCUUCGGGAGCCGGGACCUUCCCGGGGGGUAAAUAUGUCAAGUGCUGUUUCCAGAUGCCCGGGCAGGGACAGUUCAUGCCCGCCGGGGGAGCGAAUCCUGCGAUUGGCGCGGUCGGAACGCUGGAGGUCGUGGAGGAGAUGAAGGUCGAGGUGAUGUGUUUGGGACGGUCGAUUAUGUUGCAUGCGGUGGAGGCGUUGGUGAAGGCUCAUCCGUACGAGGAGGUGGCGUACGAGGUGUAUAAGAUGGAGAAUGUGUAAUGCUGCAUUAUCAUAUCUGUAGUUAAGAUAAUUGCAAUGAUAAACCGAAGAUGAAAAGAAGAUGAAGAAGUGGAACUGCCGACAAAACCCAUCUUGUUAUUGGCG